UCGUCAAUUAGGGCUAUAUAAACCAGCAAUUUUCUCAAUUUGUCAGGUCAUUCAGUACUUGUCUAUUGAUCAGCAAUUAUGUCAGGAAGAGGCAAAGGAGGAAAAGGUCUUGGAAAGGGGGGCGCCAAGCGUCACAGAAAAGUCCUUCGAGAUAACAUCCAGGGUAUUACCAAGCCCGCCAUCCGUCGUCUUGCACGUAGAGGUGGAGUCAAACGUAUCUCUGGACUCAUUUACGAGGAGACCCGUGGUGUAUUGAAAGUUUUCCUUGAGAACGUGAUUCGUGAUGCUGUCACCUACACCGAGCACGCCAAGAGAAAGACAGUCACAGCCAUGGAUGUUGUCUACGCCCUCAAGAGACAGGGACGCACCCUUUACGGAUUCGGUGGUUAGAUACUCUUAUCACCGUUUGUGCAUCCCAGCGCAAAAACAAAACGGCCGUUAUAACGGCCACCAAAUUCUUUGAAAAGACGCCUCUAUGAAACGUUAUCAAGAGAAACGGUUACCCUGUAUUGUACUUUUAGUCAACAAAUUGGCAUACAACUUGUUAAGAAAAGGUAUGCACUUUGUGGUUAACAUGUUUCAUUUGCAGUUAAGAGAUUUCAAUUUGAUACUUGGAUUUCUUUUCAUAUCAAGUAAAUAGUCAGACUACACCACAA